GACGGUUUCUCCGCGGAGCCGCCGACUGUCGAACAAGGGGGCGGGGCAGUACAUGUAGCGGAACCGAUUGCUGCGCGAGUGGUGGAACGUCUAAGAAUUAGAUGGGGGUGCAACAACUCCAAAAAUACGACGGGAAGGUGGAGGAUGUCCCAGCUCAGUGGGUGAUCGAUGGGAGUUUGGCUGAAGGAGGCCCGGUGACAGUGAACAUGGGGGGAGAAAAAACCUGGGCUGGGACAGUGACGGAGAUGUUAUACCAGCAAAUCCUCUGGAUUGGGCUCUCCCCAUUAAGCGGAGCAGACAUCAAUCACCGCACUGCCACCAGACCAGCCAAUCACCUCCUACUGCUAAUUUUGUUGCUGACCAGAAACUGUGCAAACCUAGGAAAAAAAAGAAGGGAAAAGAGAGAGCUGAAAAAGAUAGAGAAACUGGAAAAAGGG